AUGGCAACUCCUGAGGUCAUCGCCCGCCGAGUCUUCCGUACAACAUGGCUGCCUACGGAAGGCGAACCCACCCCGCCCAGCCACCGGAAGUUUCCAUUUGAAACGGAGGCGGCAGACGCGGCUCGCGCGCGGAGCGGCGCGGCGGUUGCUGCAGAUUAUCUUUUAAAGGAGACCGACGAGGACCGCGGGCUGGAACAGACGGCGUUUGGGGUCCAGCCGCGCCGCCUCGUUACGAUGACCGGCGUAGUGAAGACAGUGCACACUCUACAGCCCCCCUCUGUGCUGAGCGACGGCCUGCCUGCUGACACUCAAACUCAAGCCAUUUCUAAGAGUCUGUUACCAGUUAAGUCCAAAGAAGUAGACGUUUCCAAACUUCUUCAUUCAGGAAGUUCAGAGAACGAUGUUAUGAAAAACAUCAAACCAAGACGGGAGAAUGGGCAGACAAAAACUGCAGACACUGCCAUCAGGAAGAACAUUAGAAAAAGCUAUAAACCACUCAGUAAGCAGAAAUCAGAGGAAGAACUCAAGGAUAAGAACCAGCUCUUAGAGGCCGUCAACAAGCAGUUGCACCUGAAGUUGACUGAAACUCAGGGAGAGCUGAAGAAUCUAACCCAGAAGGUGGAACUGCUGGAGAAGUUUCAAGACAACUGUUUGGCAAUUUUGGAGAGCAAGGGGAUCAGCCCAGUUUUAGGCAGUGAAACCCUGGCAUCACAGCAAGAAUCCACCAAGGAUCACACAGACUCUAUGUUACUGUUGGAAACUUUGCAAGAUGAGCUGCAGCUUUUUAAUGAAACAGCCAAAAAGCAGAUGGAGGAGUUACAGGCCUUAAAAGUAAAGUUGAAGUUGAAAGAUGAAGAAAGGAUCCGGUUCCUAGAACAGCAAACAAUAUGUAACAGUCAAGUAAAUGAUUUUACAACAGCCCUUGAGGAAAUGGAGAAGCUAUUAGAAAUGUGAUUAAAAAGGAAGUAGCCAGGUGGUUCCCUCUUGGGGAUAAACUCUCAGAGGCAGUCCCUUAGGACAUCAUCUUCAUGGCUGUGAUCUUCUAGGACUCACCACCUCCUGAAGAAAACAGCUUCUGCAGUAGGAUUAAGGACAGCUUUGUGGUAGAAUGGAGGCUUUUCUUUUCAACAAGUGUUCCCAACCUUCAGAUUGGUCAGCUCUCCAGAGGCUCACACAUAAAUAAUGGAGGCCUACCAAAGAGGGACCUGGAGGCUUGGAUCAACCUCCUAGACAACAGAGCAACACACCUUUAGGAUCAGGAGCUAAACCAGGCACAGCUGGAGGAUCUAAAAGAUCACAUUCAGAUUUGCAGGAAGAAAACCUGAAUUGUACAGUGGAGCCCAGAUGUUCUGCAGGAGACACCACUGAGGAGCCACGCUGGCCCCAUCCAACUUGGAACACAUUCUGACCCAUCCCAUUGAGCUUCUAUACCUCAUUGUGAACUUACGAACCUGAUGUUGCUUGAAAUGGUUUGGCUUAAUAAAUGAGUUGAAGGUA